AUCUUGCUCUAGAAUAGUUUAUGACUAUACUACUAUGUGGCUCGUGUAUUUUUCGUAAUUCUUCUUGGUUAGAUUUUGUACCCUCCUUAACGUAUAGGUUAAGUAAAUCUACUCGUAUAAAGUUAAAUAUACUUAGCCAUCAUGUACGAAGAAUAUAACGAGUAUGAUACAUACGAUGACUAUGGGCCAACAGACGUCCACAGUGACCAAUAUGACAGAGUAACUUACCGUCAAGUGCCAGAAGUUGUACGAAAUUUUCUGGUAUUCUUACGAAAUUGCAUAAAUGAAGGAAUGAUUUUUGAGAUACAAAAUCUUUAUGAAACAUCAUUUCCGAAAAUAUCAGAACAGUUGUUCGAUAAGUCUUCUUGGCCAGAUGCUCAAGCAGUUGCACAUAUAGUUGACAAUGAUCUGGUGUUCCUCACUCUCUAUAAGGAACUGUAUUAUCGUCAUAUUUAUGCUAGAAUGCAGGGGCCGACAUUGGAACAACGUCUUGGUUCUUUUUAUAAUUAUUGCGAUCUUUUUAAUUACAUAUUACAUCCAGAAACACCAGUUCAAUUGGAGUUACCCGAUCAAUGGUUAUGGGAGCUCAUUGAUGAAUUUGUUUAUCAAUUUCAAUCUUUCACGCAAUAUCGUGCAAAUAUAUCCAAUAAAACACCAGAAGAAAUUGAAAACUUGAAUGCUCAUAACAAAAUAUGGGAUGUACUUUGUGUUUUAAAUGUUUUACAUUAUUUGGUUGACAAAUCAAAAAUCAAGAGUCAGUUAGAAGUAUACGCGAGCGGUGGAGAUCCAGACUCUGUUGCAGGUGUAUUUGGAAGACAUUCUUUGUAUAAGAUGCUUGGAUAUUUCUCUCUUGUAGGCUUGUUACGCUUACAUUCUCUCUUGGGAGAUUAUUAUCAAGCUAUCAAAGUGCUAGAGAAUGUAGAACUCUAUAAAAAAAGUGCAUACUCUCAUGUACCUGGUUGUCAGAUAUCAACUGCAUAUUAUGUUGGUUUUGCAUAUAUGAUGAUGCGUAGAUACGCAGAUGCAAUCAGAACAUUUUCUGGUAUUUUGUUAUAUAUUCAAAGAACAAAGCAAUUAUUCGCGACAAGAAGUUACCAGAACGAUCAAAUUAAUAAGCAAACAGAUCAGAUGUAUCAUUUGUUAGCUAUCUGUCUCGUGCUUCAUCCCCAAUGUAUAGAUGAAGGAUUACAACAGGCACUUCGAGAUAAAAAUUAUCAUGAAAAAAUGUAUAAGAUGCAAUAUGGAGAUUUAGUAGAAUUCGAAUCAUGCUUUCUAUUUGCAUGCCCAAAAUUCUUGUCCCUCACUCCGCCGAAUCCUGAAAAUCCGAAUGAGGACUAUGUACGAGAAGCAAUCAAGCACCAGACUCAAGUCUUUAUGGACGAAGUAAUUCAGCAGAAAAUGUUACCAACAAUUCGUUCAUAUUUAAAAUUAUAUACUACUUUGCCAUUAAGUAAACUGGCCACAUUUAUGUGUAGCAAUAACAGAUCUGAAGAAAAUUGGGAUUUGGAAAAAGAAGUUAGCACUCUAACUAUUCAUUUAUUAUGUUUUAAGCAUAAAAUGAAAAAUAUUGUUUGGACAAAGGGUGCAUCUGGAUUGGAUGGCAAAUUUCAAUCUGGUUCGGAGUUGGACUUUUAUAUUGAUCAUGAUAUGAUCCAUAUUGCUGAUACUAAAGUAGCGCACCGUUACGGUGACUUCUUCAUACGAAAGAUUCUGAAGUUUGAAGAGUUAAAUCGAAAGUUACACCACAUAAAAAUUUAAAUGUCACGAUGAAAUGAUAUUUACUAAAAAAAAAUAAAGUAUUAAUUAAUAAUAAA